AUGAUUGACAUCAGAAAUCUCCUUUCUCGGAAGAGAACCAAUAAGGUUUUUGGUACUUUGUUGCUUUGCUACAGUUCUUUAGGAGGCAUUUACGGAGAUAUUGGUACUUCUCCCUUGUAUGUCUUCUCCGGUAUGUUUCCCGACAAAGCACCAAAUGAAGAGAAUCUUUUGGGUGGACUUUCUUGCAUUUUCUGGACCUUCACCUUGAUUGUGAUUCUGAAAUACUGUUUGAUUGUUCUAACUUUUGGUCCAAACCAUAACGAAGGUGGACAGAUAGCGAUCUAUUCCAAGAUAGCCAGCAAAUUGAAAUUGAGAGAAGAAAAUAACACCAUCAGUAACACAGAAGAUUCUUACGGUAUGAAUGACCUGUCCAUGGAUCAAGACCUUUUAACAUUAGCCAGGACAACUACCAUUGAUACCUCUCAGAGUGUCUUUAGCGAUGGCUUUGCUAAAAGUGUGAUUUCUGUUGUCAGUCUUACUUGUGCUUUAUAUGGCUGCUCAUUGGUUUUUUCUGAUGGCUUAUUAACACCAACAACAUCUGUCUUGUCUGCCAUUUCAGGUAUCGCUGUUGCAAAGGAGUCAUUCAUGAAUAAAGUUAUGCCAGUCUCUGUUGCAGUUUUGAUUGUACUCUUCUUAAUACAGAGGUUCGGAUCAGGUAAAUUGUCCAUUCUCUUCUCUCCUAUCAUUUUCUUGUGGAUGAUCACGCUUUUGGUAGAUGGUAUCUACUGGAUUGCGAAGAAGCCUGAAAUUAUGAAGGCAUUGAAUCCAGCCUAUGCAUUUGAACUUCUUGCAAGAGAGAAGAAUAUUGAUAUUCUUUCUCCGGUGAUGCUUUGCGUCACUGGAACUGAAGCUAUGUUUGCAGAUGUUUCUCACUUUGGUGCUCUUCCAAUUCAAAUAACCUUAAUCUGUUUUGUUUACCCAUGCUUAAUGUGCCAAUAUUUUGGUCAAGCAGCUUAUAUCUCGAUUAACCGGGACACAUUUUCAUCCAACUUGUUCUACAGUUCCAUUCCCUUUGGUGGUAUUGGAUCUGGAUACUAUUGGUUUGUGUUUAUCCUUGCAACUCUUGCAACCGUUAUAGCCUCCCAGGCUUUGAUUCUUGGAUGCUUCUCCAUUCUAAAACAACUAAUUUAUCUAGAUUGUUUUCCAAGAUUGAAGCUUAUUCAUACCUCCAAGACACACAAGGGUCGCGUUUUUAUUCCAGUCGCUUGCUAUGUACUAAUGGUGGCUGUUGUGCUAACCACUGUGGGAUUCAAGACUAGUAAUAAUGUUACGGCGGCCUACGGCUUGGGUAUUUCCAUUGACUUUGUUAUGACCACCAUUUUGAUUGCUAUUACAUUACGCUACGUUUAUCAUUACCAUUGGCUAUUUUCUCUAAUAUUCUUGGUCAUAUUCGGGUCAUUUGAAGUGUGUCUUGUCAUUUCCGGCUUAAGGAAAAUUGUUCAUGGAGCCUGGUUUCCUUUAGUAGUCAGUGUGAUUUCGUUUGCAUUUAUCAUUUUUUGGAGAAUGUGCAGACGAGCUUCCAUAGAGGAGGAAACGAGAAGAAGGAAAUCCGUUCGUGACUUAUUUGGAACAAAAAAGGAAGAUGUGAGAAAGAAAGAACAGAUUACUCUUGAUCUAAGGGGACCACAAGUUUAUGGUGAUCAUUAUGAAUCUGAUGAAAGUUCCAUUAGCAUAGAGGCUGUUGGCCUGAAGGAUACAACUGCCUUUAACUGCAAUGGAGAAAGGGUGAACUUGCCCAAGAUUCCUAAGAUCUACUUUAUCUAUUGUUCUUCUUACUCUACCAUUGGAAACGGCCAAUUUUUACCAAGUAUGCUUGAAAGUAUUGUGAAAUCAUUUUUUUCUAUUCCUACAGUAUGUGUUUUCAUUGAAACUAGGGUGUCGACAUUACCCGAGAUUCCGGCAGAUCAUCCAUUAGCAUCUGUGAUUCCAAUCGAUACUGCUGGAUAUGGCUUGGGAUUCUACAGAUGUAUUAUCAGAUCUGGAUUUUUGAGACAAAUAAAAAUCAAAGACAAAAUCUUAAAUGAUAUCUUGGUGCAAAUUAGCGAAUAUGAAGACAACAGCUCUAUCCUUAGCCUCCCAGUUCUUCAUAUUUUCGAGAGCAAUUUGAGUAUUUCGAAAAGACCCAAAGAUCUCAUGUAUAAGAGUGAUGACAAGGAGGAGACUGCGGAGGAGGGAAUGAUCAAAAAAGUGUGUAGGUAUUGCUGGAAGUAUCCAGUAUUACUUGUUCGAAAAGGUUUGAUUGACUGGAUCUAUUCUCCCAUGGCUAAUGGUUCAAUGGAAUACCUCUUCAAUGAAAACGAAAUCGAGGAUAAGAAAAGAGAAUUUAUCUAUGUUGGAGAGAAAAUCGGUAUCUAG